UCCGAACUCUGAAUCCCUCGCCCGCCUGCCCCCAGAGAUGCUGCCUUCCAUGAGUCUGGUAUGGGUUCUUCUGCCGGCCCUACUUUGCUGAAGGCCUGGCUCUCGUUUCUGCUGAGGCUCCUCGGCGUUCCCGCUGCCCUAUUGGCCCUGCACCUGGAACUCCAUGGCAGCUCGCCUGCCUCGACUUCGCUAAUUCUGCACCGACUUUCUCGACGCUUACGCCUCUCCGCCCUCGCCUGCAUGCUCAAGAAGGACCAUGAUACUGGCAUGAACAGCAUCUUCUUCGUCGGAGGUGCAGACGUAAUGGACCGCGCACAGUCACAGCACAAGCCCCAGCCGCUCGCUCGAAAGCGGUCAAUGACCCUGGACGACAAAGACCGCACCCGGCCAGGGGGCUCACCAACUCUCCAAAACCACCUCCCACGCCAGCCCUCUGGAGCUUCCGACGCCUCGUCGACAUCCAGCACGCUCUCUCACCCAUCGCCCAAUCCCUCAAUGCCUUCGCACUCUCGCUCCCCGUCGCACGCCGACAUUGUUCGCCAGGGGAAACGCCUCUCGCUGCAGUUUCCCAUUCAGCCCGUUGCCGGAAGCAACUCACUAGCCUUCUCUCCUCGAUCACGCCCGCAGUCCUGGGUCGCCGCUCCCUCUCCCGUCCCCUCUCCUGACGCCACUUCCUCUUCCUCCGAGACCAACAUCCUCGCCGUCCUCGCCGCCCAGGAGCGCUACGUGCUCGAGCUGAAGGAGGAGCUGGCCAAAGCCGAACAGGACCUCAAGACGCUCAAGAAGCAUUUUGCGACGCAAGAGGCCAUCAAGCAGCGCAACGAAGUGCGCAAGGUCACCCAGCUGCAGCCGCUCAACACCACCCUCGCCAACUACGACGCCGAUCAAGACGACGAAGACGGCUCGUCGCUAUGGAUGCAGAGGGAGAUGGAGCGCAGGAAAACCCUGCUCAGCGGCCACAAGACGUCUCAGCGCAAGGUUUUUAGCGGCUCAAGACACUUGCGCACUCUAUCGUUGCUAUCGCCUGACAAGUCCUAUUCCCCUUCCUUCCCCCAGCCACUCGACGUUCGCGAAGACGAACCUAUCAAACCACGCCCAGCACCACUCUCCCGCAACGCAACAUCCCCUGACAUCGCAAACCAAAUUGCGCGUACCGUCAGCGGCGAGCGAUACGAUCUCGGCGGUCUCUCCAACAUUCAGCGCGAUGCCCUGCUCCGCACUGGGAAGCAGAUGGCCACCGAUUUCAAAGACGGAUUGUUGACGUUUAUUGAAGACAUCCGGCAAGCCACCGUGGGCGAGGAAGCUGUCGCCGACGGCUCAGGGCCCGGUGCAACCAGGGGUCCCGCUGCCAAGGGUGCCCGCAAACCCUCCGACGGCCGGCCCAAUCUGAACCGGGCAGCCACCUCGAAGAAUUCGGCAGCAUCGAAGUCUGGAGAUAUUGGUAACGACUUCUGGAAGGAGCACGGUCUGUCCGAGCCCAAGACCGCUCCCACAAACAAGAAGACUCACGCGCUCAAGCACACUCGCACGCCCCAAAAGCCAACGCACGGGGCCGACGACUUCGAAGACUGGGAUAGCUGGGACACACCAAAUGAUAAAUACACCAAUGCCGCAAAGGCGGGCGACGCCCACAACAGCUCCGACGAAUCAGACGGGCCCUCGUCGCCAGUGUCGGGCCAGGCCAGCUCGCGAACGAGCACCAGGUACCACUCGCAGCGUCAUGACUCCAAAGCAUCCUCGCUCACAAUGUCCAGCUCCGCAGACCCGCGCGAUGAUGCUGCCCCACGGGACUCGAAACGCAACUCCAUCCCGUGGCCUGAUCUCGUCAAGCUGUCGCCGACCAACCUCAAGCGGACCGCAUCACACUUGAUGAAGGAAUGGGAGAAGAAUCUUACACCUCCGCCCGAGUCGAGAGAUGCAAGCCACUCUAGCGGCGACUAUGUUGGGCGAUCUGUAACGCCCGCCGGACAGUCUUAACGACACACGAUUUACGGUCUACACCAUCCAUGUAACGAUGUAACGCAACCAGACGCAAUAUCUGGACGAAAUGUAUAUUUCUAAUUCGGGGAACUGUAUAGACGGGCGGUUUGGUGUACAAUCAUGGUCCAUAUUGGAUGCAUGGAAUUAGAGAUGGAGCUUCAGGAUUGAUAUUGGUAAUUCGGGGCGUGGCAUGGGGUUGGUUAGGAGCCUGUUGAUGAGGAAUUAACCUGAUGGUAAUGAGAACCUGAAUACUUGUCACUCUUGCAGACCG